UAGCCCGACCGAACCGAGCGAGAAAACCUACAUCUCAGCGCAGGUAUACUAACAUUAUCCGUAGCCAAUUUCAUCCAUUCCUCAAAGUUUGCCAGUAUGGGAACCUUGCGCAAGGGUGUGACCGCGUCUAUCGGACCCUCACCAGCAACUCCACCUCUCAAGGUAGCAAGGUUUCGAGGAGUAGUUGGAUCAUCCGCGGAGCCUAUUGUUUGUCGCCUUGCUGGGGAUGCUGCCGCAACGAUCUCGUUUGCUUGAAGGCCACGGAGAAGGGUGCGCCUUUUGAGGCGUUUGGCCUUUUCCGCAACAUCGUCGUUGAGGGGGAUCUUUGUACCCAUCGGCGAUGGCCUCAGUGGGGACGGAACAUAUUCGUGUCCGCCACUCCUUCGCAGCCGGGGAGCCCGGGGUGAGUUUAUCAUUCUUAUUAUGUUUUCCGCUCUGCUGCAGAACCUCACUCCCCUCAAAGUCGGUGUCGGUAGCGAUCUAUGAUGAGGAUGAUGCCUUGUAUGAUAGCGAUUUAAGGCGAGAUAGAAGUCACCGGGGUAUUCCAAAUGUUUGAUGGGGAUGGCGC